UCCAGGCAGAGGGAGGGAAUGCUGUGGGAAGAAGGGGGGUUCAGGUAACUUCAUCCACCUGGGUGCCCUGGGCAGCCUCUUUGUUAGGCCACAGCUGCCUGCUGCCAUUUGGGCCCCAAACCCUCAGAAUUUAGCCUUAAAACGUGAAAAAACGUGCAAAAAGCAAGUCAGCCCCUUGCAGAGUGCUCAGUGCAGGUAGCAGAUGAAAUAUGAGAGGGCUGGAGCCCAGCCUGUGCAUCUGAGGGGAAAACACUGAGCAGGUUUGGAGGCAUCUGCUGCAUUCAGGGAAAGAUGGAUAAAACCCUGCAAAUGUCCCAAAAGCAAAGGGUGGGGAGGGUGACCCCAGCAGAUCCUAUUCCCCCAGACCCUCUGCUAGAUGGGGAUGUGCUCAGUUUCACAAAAAGAUAGCCCAUUUUGUGGAGCCUUUGAAUAUUCAAAUUGAAAGUAUCGCGCAAUCAUUGAUUGUCAAAUCAUUGGUUUCUAGAGGUUUUAAAUACUUGGCAUUAGGAGAGAAAAACUCAAACUUAUACCCGUAGGGAUAAAACAAUAAUAUUGUCGGGAUCCACCUGCCAUUGCCAGCAGGCAGGCAGGUCCCUUCACCCCCAAAUUUCAAGCCUGACUCCCCUUGCCCCCUUGGCCAGCCUGUGGGGCCGGGGUUGGGGCCACCUCUGCUGCAGCAGCGGGCACCCGGCGAGGCUGUGCCCAUUCCGGCUCGGGAUGUCCGGAAAGCCCAAGGUGUACCAAGGUGUGAGGGUGAAGAUCACAGUCAAGGAGCUGCUGCAGCAGAGGAGAGCACGGCAAGCAGCCACUGGUUCAGCAGUGAGUAAAAAUAUUGUGGUGGUUGUUUUGUACCUUCUCUUUCUCCUCUCCUUCCCUUCUCUUUUUCAGGUUUCCUGGGGCGGCAGCAGCAGCAGCAGCAGCAACAUCCAGUUUGCAGAGUCCGUGUCUCCGCCUCACCCAGAACCUUUUGAAGCAGAGCCCAUCCCUCCUGUGCCCAGCUGCUGCCCGUCCUGGCAGUUCUCCAGCUGCCUCUCCUGCGAGGAGAGCCCUGGGUACCUGGAGCAGCUGAUUGAUUCCUGCCUCCAGACAGAUGCAGCCUCUGAGCCAGCCCUCAGUGCCUUCCAGCCACCCUCACACUACACCCCAGACCCCUUCCAGCCAGCCCAGCUCUGCCCCAGCCUGGCUGCCAGCUCCCCCAGCCCAGCCGACCUGCCCAGCCCCUGGAGCUCCAGCUGCUCUCCCCCCCAGCUCUCUCCCCUCACCCCCGUGCCCCCCAGCCCUCCCUCAGCCCCGGACACCAGACCCCACAUCUGCCCCGUGCAGGAGUGGCCCUGCCACCCUCCCUGCCCGCUGGCCAGCCCAGCCUGCGGCUCCCCGAGCCUGGACAGGCUCCUGCAGGGCUGGCCCUGCCCCGGCACGGACUGCCCCGAGCUGCUGCCGCCCCCGGCCCUGGCUGAGGAGUGCUUCAGGAGGGACAGGGGCUGUGACAUCUGCUACAGCUAAUGGGGGCUGUGCUUGCAGCACCCGCCUGCCCAACCCAGAUUAAACUGCCCGUGAACCAUGCAAGGUUCUGCUGCCUAACACUGUCCAGUUUAUUCUUCACUACUUACACUUUUUUUACAUGAUGCUGUCACUACACUGAUCUACAGUCAGGGGUGUUUUGUUGUUGUUGUGGUGGUUUGGUGUUUGUUUUUUUUUUUUUAUUUUUAUUUCAUUGUUGCUGUUUAAAGAUAAAUCUGAAGCUGCCUUAUCAAACACUUGUCAUUAAACCAGC